AUGGCGUCAAGCUCGAAGCAACCGCCAAAGGGUAUUCUCAAGAAGCCCAAGUCUAUCCAAGAGAGAAACGCCGACCCCAAAGAGAUCGCUCUCGCGCACGCCAAUAUCAUCCAGCAUCGCAAAGACCUUGAAGCAGAAAUCCUCGAGAGCUUGGUCAUCCUGUCCGAAUAUCCCCAAGUCCGCAAACCUCCCCAUAACGCCUCGAAUCCCGCCUCGUCCGACAUAGCCGAUUUCAAAUCCCAUGUUCGUCUAUUCCAGCCCUCAGACUACGACGACCUCAUCAUUGAACGCAAUGUGAAUGAUCUUUGUGGCUACACUCUCUGCCCUCGACCACGACGGAAUAUGGGGCCUGGCGGUCAGUGGAAGAUUGCUUCCAACGGCAGUAUCAUGAAGCGCGAGGACCUUGAAAAGUGGUGUUCGCAGCAGUGUGCCCGCCGCGCUCUCUAUGUCAAGGUUCAGCUAAAUGAAACAGCAGCCUGGGAACGUGCAGGCAUCCCGGAUAUCGAGAUCGAUUUGCUUGAUGAAGACAAGUCCCAGGAAACAGACGUUGAUCGGGCUGCCCGAGAGUUGGGCAAACUCAAGCUUGAGGAGCAACGACAAGCUGCCCGUGACACUGCGGCUCUUGCCCUUGAGCGAGGUGAACCUGAUGCAUCCAAAAGCAAGAGCAAGAAGAUCAACAUUACGCUUAAGGAGAAGGAUGCAAAGGCACCUUCCACAAUGCCCAGCAAGCCUGAGGUCUACGACGAACACUUGCUUGUUGAAGGCUACAAAACGAAACUCAAGCUGGAGGAUAAGAAGGAGGCGUAA